UUUGAAACUCCGCCUGAAACACAACAUCACAGCACACAACAUGUCUACAUUUCAUAUACCGUCCCGAAUCAAUAUCGAUAUAACAGAUAAACGGGUUCAGCACAUUUUCCGCAAAUAUCUUCAAAAACCAACUUCUUCUGGAGACAUGAGCAGUGAGGAUCAUAGCAAUGCACACCAAACCGCAGUGGUUAUUGACAACGGCUCCGGAGUAUGUAAAGCCGGAUUCUCCCCAGAAGACACGCCCCGCGUGAUCUUCCCAUCGAUUGUGGGCAGACCUCGUCACCUGAACGUCCUGCUGGAUUCCUUGAUCGACGAUAGUGUUAUUGGCGAGGCGGCAGCCCGCAAGAGGGGAAUACUCACCCUUAAGUAUCCCAUUGAGCACGGUAUGGUCAAGAACUGGGACGAAAUGGAGAUGGUUUGGAAGCACACGUACGAACUCCUACGGGCAGAUCCAAUGGACUUGCCGGCUCUACUCACCGAAGCCCCUUUGAAUCCAAAGAAGAACAGGGAGAAGAUGACGGAGAUUAUGUUCGAACACUUUCAGGUGCCAGCAUUUUAUGUGGCAGUUCAGGCGGUGCUCUCACUCUACGCCACCGGACGUACUGUGGGCAUUGUGGUGGACUCGGGUGAUGGGGUGACCCACACGGUGCCGAUCUACGAAGGAUUUGCCCUGCCCCACGCCUGUGUACGAGUCGAUCUGGCUGGUAGGGACCUAACCGAUUAUCUGUGCAAGCUGCUUUUGGAAAAGGGUGUUAAGAUGAGCACCUCUGCCGAGCGGGAAAUCGUGCGGGACAUCAAGGAGAAACUCUGCUACGUCGCUAUGAACUAUGCCAAGGAAGUGGAGCUGCACGGGAAGGAGGAUACCUAUGAGCUGCCAGAUGGCCAGAAAAUCGUUUUGGGCAGCGAGAGAUUCCGCUGUCCGGAGGCUCUCUUCCAGCCCAGUUUGCUGGGUCAGGAGGUGAUGGGCAUUCACGAGGCCACCUAUCACUCGAUCACCAACUGCGACAUGGAUCUGCGAAAGGACAUGUAUGCAAACAUAGUGCUCUCCGGCGGAACGACCAUGUUUCGCAACAUCGAGCAUAGAUUCCUGCAAGACCUAACAGAGAUGGCUCCCGCAUCCAUCAGAAUAAAGGUUAACGCUAGUCCGGAUCGCAGAUUCUCCGUUUGGACGGGGGGUUCCGUCCUGGCCUCACUCACUAGUUUCCAAAACAUGUGGAUCGACAGCUUGGAGUACGACGAAGUGGGUACUGCCAUAGUCCAUCGAAAGUGUUUUUAGCUGAGCAGGAUCGCCGUGUCUUAAAAUCUUUCGCUUGGUUAUAUACGUUCUGAGCAAUAAUUAUAUAUUUUCUAUUUGUUAAUGAA